AUGGAGCUGGCUCUCAUCAUUUUAUAUAUAGGACAAUCUCAGUUUACCAGAGUUGACGCCCAAGCUGUUUGCGAUUCUGUUUCUGUCACAUUUCAAGUUUUUGGCCACAUAGACGGAGUUUGUAACUAUAUUCUUCAUGGAAUAUCUCCUGCAAAUAGCAGUAUUACGAAGUCUGAAAGUCAAGAGUUCUUUACAUACACAUUUUCUGCAAACAAAAACUAUUCCAUCGUUUUUGAAGUUUUUACCACUGCUGGAGCUGUGAAUGUAUCAUAUGACAUCUUUACAACAUAUGAUGUCCAGAGACUGUCAGUGGAAAAGGAAGUAGGAAGAGGAGUAAUAGUAAGAGGAGAGUUCCUCAGUGGGUCACGAGCUGUAGGGUGUCUGGUGGUCCUCCAGGGACCUCCCACCUCUCCUGACAUAUUAUUCAGAGCUCUCCUGAGAACCCAGUCUCAGGAGACUGUCUCCACAACUGUACCUGUCCCUCCCUCCACUUACUCUGUGUAUGGAUAUGACCUUGAGGAGAAUGGACUACCCAACACCAUGCCUGCUGUAAUACUGGAGGGUCAGAUAGUGAACACCUCAGAUAUUGCAGAUUCAGUUAAACCUUCGUUGUACUUAAAGAGUGGCAGCAUAUCUCGAAGAGGAUCAACUAUAGUGGUAGACUGUGAAUUUUCAGAGGUCUAUCCUGAGGCCUCAUGUGUCCUGGUCUACAGAGAGUAUGGCAGUCUACUCCUGACAGUAGUAGACAUCCCCCAACUCUUUGAUUUCCCUGUCUCUAUCACUGUGGACAACCCCAAAAUCUACACUUUCGCUUUGUUUGGGAAAAAUGAUGCAAUGAGUUUGGAUGAAGCACCACUGGUUUAUACUAAAUUCAGUGACUCAGACGAUCAGGAGGAAACAGACAAAGAGAAAGGAGGAAAGCAAAACUCUCAAGCACCAGUUGUUGCCAUAUCCGUUGGAACUGUAGUUGUGUGUGUUCUAGUAUGUGGCGGCUCAGCAGUGUUACUCCUGGUGAAAGUCAGACACUAUUAUAGCCGAAGCAAGUCCCCGUCUGAUGCAGGUCUGCAGACCAAAAAUGUGGUGUACGAUGAGGUGGUUCUUCCCCCAACCACCACAACCUCUUCUGUCAUUCCAACUGAACCAAACACAGCCUAUGUCACCACUCAGACUACUACCAUACCCACUGACCAGAAUGUAGCUUAUGGUGUGCAUACAUCGUCAUAAUGUCUGUUAUCACCAUGUGGGUUUUUGUAUCCCUAUAUAGCAUCAUUAGACUUAUACAUGUAUGGAGAAGGAAGGAGAUUUA